CUCAUUUGAUAUAUUUGAUAAAUGCAAGUGAUUUUACAAAUGUGCUACAUUAUAUUUCAGUUAAAAAUUUUGCAGCAUUUUCUUCAUAAUGUUACUAUGGCUUUUUUGCUGACUGCAUGUUAAAUGUUAUGAGAUUGAAUACAUGAUAAUUGAUAAAAUUUUAUGUGAUGCAACAGUUUAUUAGCUCUUUUUUAAAAACUACUGGUGAUGCAUCUAUUGUUAUUAAAUCAUCAAUUGCUGCUAUCUUUUUUUCAUAUAUAUUAGCACUUAUACCUGGUGUGUAUGGGGCUUUAUCUAUUACUCCAUCACUUUUACUCCCGCCCAACUUUCAACUAUGGACUUUAAUAACUGGGAUACUAGUAGAAGCGAGCCUUUUUAAUGUUGUAUUUGAUAUACCUAUUCUUUUUUAUUGUGGCAAAUUUAUUGAACCAUUAUGGGGAGCACUGGAAUUAUUGAAAUAUAUUGCUAUAACAGGCAUAGGAACAGCAUUACUAACAUCUUUAGUCUCACUUGCUGCAUAUGCAAGCACACAAAAUUAUGAUUUGUGGUCAGUUCAGUUUUCUGGUGGAGCUGGUGUUAUUGGAGGAUUGAUGGUUGCCUUUAAACAGAUAAUCCCAGAUCAAAAAGUAAAUCUAAAGUUUAAAGAAUUUUAUGUACAUGAAUGCCCAUUAAUAUGUGUAUUAAUUUAUGUAUUCCUAUCAGUUGUCAAAGUUUUUUCAUACACUCAACCAAUAAUGAUGAGUUGUGGUAUUAUUGUUGGCUGGUCAUAUUUGCGCUUUUAUCAACCACGUGGCAGAGGGAUGCGUGGAGAUAUGAGUGAAAGUUUCGAGUUUGCAUCACUUUUGCCACCAUUUUUAAGAUUUCCUGUUCGAUUUCUAUCAAACAAUUUGUUUCGUUUAAUGGUAAAGAUUGGAGUUUGUACAAAUCCUGUCAAAACUUAUGAUGUUGGAGCUCCAUCCAGUAUAACUAUAAGUUUACCUGGUAGCGAUCCAGUUGAUGCCGAAAGAAGAAGAAAAAAAGCAUUGCGAGCUUUGAAUGAGCGUUUGGUGAAAAUGAAAAAAACAUCACCAGACAACGAAGACAGUUGGCCUACUAUAGAAGAUGAAAUUAAAAAGACAGAAUUCUUAAACGAAACCUCUCCGUCAAAAAUAGACAUUACUGUAGUAGAUAAUCGAGGAAAAUUAGAGGAAGGAGUUGAGUACACACAAUAAGACAUUUUUUGAAUUCAUGGUUCUAUAUCAUAUAUCAUUGUUGCGCAUGUUCUUUCGUAUACAAAUAAUCUGUACUGCAUCGUAAUAGUUUAUUGAAUAAAUUGCCCAAUGCACCCAUUA